GUGAUGAAUAAAUGGCACUAAGUCAUCAAAUUCAGGACAAGUUUUAACAUUCUUUAUUGUGCUCCAUCUGUGGAAGGUUCCAGUUCUCACAGAAUCACAAGUACAGGGCAGUAGACAGGGCCACGUGGAAAGAGAGCUUGAGAAUCCAGAAUUAACCAAAAUGGCCUGGCAUGUACAGCUUACCCAGGUUUAUCAACGGGUGGUACAUCUUCUUGCCUAGAAAUAGUCUGAGUCACCGUGUCAUCUGUCUGUUUGGAGAGAGGGCGGGAUGGGCUCCAGGUGGCUUCAGAGUUAGCAUGCUAAGCCAUUUCCCUCCCAUGUUGUCACCUCCCCCCUUAUCCAAACCAUCAGUCCUUUAAAUACCACCUACCCAAGGGGCCUUCCCAGACCUCUCCCUCCCAGUGGUCUCCCCUUUUCUCUCCGAUCCCAUGGCUCCUAAAGCCACGACGGUACAAUUUAAUACUUGUGUAACACCGCAUUGCAUCACUCUGUCAUUAUUUUGUGUGAGGCUCAUCUUCACAGCUGGGUCACUGCGUCUGUAAUGUUUGUUGUUUGCUUGUUUGUUGUUUGCUUGGAUGCUCCUGGAGACUAUUAGCAGAUAAACACUGACCUAAAACGGAGGUAGUCCAACUCGAAAAGCGUGCCCGGGUUCCGUGGGUGCCUCAUGAAGAACUUGUCUUUAAAGAAUACAGACUGUUUACUCAACACGCACCCCAACUUUGUUCACGGAAAUUGAAUCUCACAUAAUUUUUGAGACCUUGGGGAAAACAACAAACCCACUUGUGUAUUUUGAAAAGAUCAUUUCCACUUUCUUGCUACACAUUGGUUAGAGAACUUCCUAUAUUUUUAUUUUCUCCCUUUGGGGCCUGCCCUUCCCUCCUUAAAGAGCUCUGGAACUCAGCUGAUUGCUGGGACCUCUGACAGAUUUGAAGCCCCUCUCCCCAAGAAAGAAUGCCCCUGGUCUCUUUAAGUAUUUAUGAGAGGGCGGGGUCACUUUUUUUGUGACCUGAAAAAAUCACAUUAAUAAAUGUGUUGUCUGACACAAAAACACUUUAGGAUGGAGAACGAUCAGCACUGCAGCCAUUUAACAUCCCAUCAUAAGCUGACAGUCAACUGGCACUUUUGUCUCUUCUGCAGCCAGAUUGUCUGCUCCCGGCCGACCCUACUGAAAUUCAGGCAUUGGUUUGAUUGGAAAUAUUAUCAAUAUGCUUUCUGGUUCGUAGUCACCUCCAUUUAAUACACCUGAAAUAAAAAAAAAAAAAUGCUUUCAAGUAAAACUCCUGGAAUUACUAGGUUAGUCUUUGUUAUCUUUUGUUGUUGUUAAAUGGGAUUAGCGCCUUCUUCAAUUAAGAGAAAAUAGAUAAUCAUCGUUUAUGUCAUUUGUUUUCCUCGAAUAUUUUGAGGAAAAAAUUAAAAUGUUAGAUUUUGGGCUUGGGUUUGGAGGAUCUUUUUAAAAGUAUAGGCCCGGAAAUUUUUCUCCAAGUUUGAGCAGGGGUAACACUGAUUUCUGGAGCUGCCGAAGUUGACUGCUUUCACCUGGCACUCGAGUGGUGCCAGUUCAGCCAACAAAGUUCAGGAUGUUGGGUGACUUUUUUAACACUGUACUGAGCUUUAAUUAGCAUUAAAGAGCAGUGACCAUUCCUAAUAGAGGUCAUCUUAAAGUGCUUGUUGAGAGUUGCCUUUGUUGUUGUAUAAAUAAGUAAGGAAUGUAAAGAAUCAUUUCUUAGCAAACGUGUGGCGGAUGCUUUCGAUAGCAGCUGUCGUUGUUGAGCGGAAGUAGCUUGGUUCAGCGACGAGGCACGUUUGGUUGUUAUUUAUUUCAACCCCCGUGUCGGCUUAGUUUUUCUCUGCGCGCACAGGCACACUUCGGCGAGCCCGACUCUUAGAAAGAAAGGGGGUGGGGGGAGGCUAACGCUCGGUUCAGUCAUCGACGUGAAGCGAAAGUUCUCUUCCAAAGGCCGUUUUCUAGGAAAGCGCUUCCCCGCGCUGCCUUUGAAGCCCCGCAUCUCCUUCCGAUUUUUCAACAGUUGCUCAGAGCGGUCGAGUUGUGUGCCUGGAGCGCCGGCUUCCCUCCUUGCCCCUCGGGCCUGUCUUAAGGGCGAGGACAACUCUUUGUCAGUUCUGAAGACGAAGCCAACACGCAACCAAACAAAAAGCCCCAAACAGGCAGCCCCGGCCAGAGGGAGCGAUGCGCUCUGUGCCGGGCUGCCCAGACACCAGCCAGAGGUUCCCGUGUCAGUGGCUAUGAUGACACCUCAAGUUAUCACUCCCCAGCAAAUGCAGCAGAUCCUCCAGCAACAAGUGCUGAGUCCUCAGCAGCUCCAGGUUCUCCUCCAGCAGCAGCAGGCCCUCAUGCUUCAACAGCAGCAGCUUCAAGAGUUUUAUAAAAAACAACAGGAACAGUUGCAGCUUCAACUUUUACAACAACAACAUGCUGGAAAACAGCCUAAAGAGCAACAGCAGGUGGCUACCCAGCAGUUGGCUUUUCAACAGCAGCUUUUACAGAUGCAGCAGUUACAGCAGCAACACCUCCUGUCUUUGCAGCGCCAAGGCCUUCUAACCAUUCAGCCCGGGCAGCCUGCCCUUCCCCUCCAGCCUAUUACUCAAGGCAUGAUUCCAACAGAACUGCAGCAGCUCUGGAAAGAAGUGACAAGCGCUCAUACUGCAGAAGAAACCACAGGCAACAAUCACAGCAGUUUGGAUCUGACCACGACGUGUGUCUCUUCCUCUGCACCUUCCAAGACCUCCUUAAUAAUAAACCCGCACGCCUCCACAAACGGACAGCUCUCCGUCCACACUCCCAAGAGGGAGAGUUUGUCCCAUGAGGAGCACCCCCAUAGCCAUCCUCUCUAUGGACAUGGUGUGUGCAAGUGGCCAGGCUGUGAAGCAGUAUGCGAAGAUUUCCCAUCAUUUCUAAAACAUCUCAACAGCGAGCAUGCGCUGGACGAUAGAAGUACAGCUCAAUGUAGAGUACAAAUGCAGGUUGUACAGCAGUUAGAGCUCCAGCUUGCCAAAGACAAAGAGCGCCUGCAAGCUAUGAUGACCCAUCUGCAUGUGAAGUCUACAGAACCCAAAACCGCCCCUCAGCCUCUGAACCUGGUAUCAAGUGUCACACUCUCCAAGUCUGCGUCAGAGGCUUCUCCACAGAGUUUACCUCAUACUCCAACGACCCCAACCACCCCCAUCACUCCCGUCACCCAAGGCCCCUCCGUCAUCACCACCACCAGCAUGCACACGGUGGGACCCAUCCGCAGGCGGUACUCAGACAAAUACAAUGUGCCCAUUACUUCAGCAGAUAUUGCGCAGAACCAAGAAUUUUAUAAGAAUGCGGAAGUUAGACCACCAUUUACAUAUGCAUCUUUAAUUAGGCAGGCCAUUCUCGAAUCUCCAGAAAAGCAGCUAACACUAAACGAAAUUUAUAACUGGUUCACACGAAUGUUUGCUUACUUCCGGCGAAAUGCAGCCACGUGGAAGAAUGCAGUGCGUCAUAAUCUUAGCCUUCACAAGUGUUUUGUGCGAGUAGAAAACGUUAAAGGGGCAGUAUGGACAGUGGAUGAAGUAGAAUUCCAAAAACGAAGGCCACAAAAGAUCAGUGGUAACCCUUCCCUUAUUAAAAACAUGCAGAGCAGCCACACCUACUGCGCGCCCCUCAACGCGGCUUUACAGGCUUCAAUGGCUGAGAAUAGUAUACCUCUAUACACUACCGCUUCCAUGGGAAAUCCCACUCUGGGCAACUUAGCCAGCGCCAUACGGGAAGAGCUGAACGGCGCAAUGGAGCAUACCAACAGCAACGAGAGUGACAGCAGUCCAGGCCGAUCCCCUAUGCAAGCCGUGCAUCCCGUACAUGUCAAAGAAGAGCCCCUGGAUCCAGAGGAAGCUGAAGGGCCUCUAUCCUUAGUGACAACAGCCAACCACAGUCCAGAUUUUGACCAUGACAGAGAUUAUGAAGAUGAACCAGUAAAUGAGGACAUGGAGUGACCCCCGAGAAGGAAGAUCGGAAAAAAACAAAACCCGUCAAAAAUGAGCAGUGAAAGCGUUCUCCACUUGUUGUACAGUCUGGAGGAUUUUCACUACAUUUUGACAACUCUGAAAUGUGUUAACUUUUAGUGCCAUCAAGAAUCCCAUUUGGGAGUAUUUUUGAUUUUUCUACUUUUUGUUGAAAAAGGAAUUUGUACUCUGUGCAUUGGAUGGACUUGUUUGGUACUUGGGAUUUUCCUCUCUUAACAGUCAACAUCAGUGUUGUAAAUUUGUUAAACUGAUUCACUUCUAGCAGCAGACUUUGAACUGCAGUCCUGCCGAUAUUCGACACUGGGACACCGACUGAGCAUGUACACCUAAGCUGCAGACCAAGCCUUUGCCCAGAAUUUAAGGAUUCCAAUGGACGACCUAUUUGCACAGUACUGCAUGUUGAUAUCACUGCCUUUACUCCAUUUUUUUUUUUUUUUUUUUUUUUUUGCUUCCAGUUGGGACGGGGAAGGCCUUUGUGUGUGUAUUGGGGGGAGGGGUUAAAAAUAAUUAUCCCAAACUUUUUAAUGUAUUGCUUUUUUUUUUUUUUUUUUUUGCUUCUACUAUACCAUUUUAAGUUCUGACCUCAGGCCUCCAUUUGGGCCCACGGCCUCUUGGAGGCUUCAAGUUUUCUGUACCUUGUGAUGAAUGUUAAUAGGUGUUUUUAUUAUACAAAGCUGAAUGUCAUUUCUCGUUUGUAGCUUUCUGUCACUCAUUCAAUUUUCCUACAGACAUCACCAUGUUUUCUCUAAAGUCAGAAAACAUUCCGUUUUGGUCUUUUUCAAAAAGGUCCCAAAUGCUGCACUCAACAUACACGUGAAGGUCCUCUCACACAGACGUGAAGUCCUGCCAGAAAGAGAAUGACUGACAGAAAAAAAAAAAGACACACUCUAGAAAUAAUGCAGAUUCAUUCCACACAAAGCAGUAUUGGGGUGGGUGGGAAGGGGUUUAGUUUUUUUUUGUUUUUUUUUUUUGCGGCAACCAUCAUUCUUAAUAAAUGUCACAGCAUUUUACCAGCACGAGGAAACCUAGGCAGCACCAAGAAAGAAAAUCCCAUAAUAAUCACACUGACAAUAUGGCCAUGGAAGGCUCACCCUUGUAGGACCAAGUUGCAAUGGGCUGUGGGCUCCCUGUUGGUAUAACCGUAACUGGUGCGUAGGUUGCUUUGUUUGUAAAAUGGCCAAAAAGCUGGCUUCCCUAAGCAACUUUGCUGUAAGUCGUGGUGGCGCUGAAUUUAAACAUUAGUUCAGUCCUGCUUGGUGGCAUUAAUCUGUUUGAAUGCAAAUUAGAUUUCAGAUUGAACUUGUUAUGGGAGUUAAUGAGGACUGAGUUCAGCAAAUGCUAAAGUGUUAAUUUCCAAUGUGCAAAUUCUGUUCAGUUUGUUAUGCAAUAUCGUCACAGCAACCCAGUGUCAUAAACUAACAGUAGAAGACAUGGAGUCGACUGGGGCUCACAUCAGCCCUGGGCUUGUUGGGAAACAAACGAGGCAUCCAGAAUGGGAUGGUUAUAGGUCAGUACAACCUCAGUCCGCAGACCCCUACACACUUCAUCUGCACCCAGAUCCUUGUUGCUCAUUUAUUUAUCUAGGGUUGUAAGCUUUCGUUCUUGUUUUAGUUUGAAAGCCUCUAGGAGCUUAAUUUAUAUUCUUUGUACCUUUUUUCUAAAAUUACCAAAGAUAUUACGCAAAGGUAAAUUAUGUUGUUUUAUGCUUUAUCUGAAGAAGCCAAAUAUCCUCUUCUUGUUGAUCAAAGGAGGCGAAAGAAUUUUAGAGGCAAGUGACAAAAUACAGGCUAUUGCUAACCUGAGAAAGAAAACUGCUCCUUCAUCCUAGAGUAAAUUAGGCAAGCAAGUAGGUAACGGAACCAAAGUUGCUUUUUUUCUUGUUUUUUUUUUUUUUGGUCCUUGUUUUUUUUUCCCUGUACCUCCACAUAGACCAAAACUCAUUCUUGUAAAGAGAAACUAUGGGAAUACUGAAGCUACCAAUAGGACACAGUAUUAAAAGGGCUACAGAGUCCCAUCUCAAAGACAAAGUGAAUGCAUGCCCUGAAAAUUAGGGUAUCCUAUAAAGGAGACAGUUAAAAUUCAGAACAGAAAAGGUUCUGCAAUUGGACUGGACCACAGAAUAGUGUUUCUAGAAUAAAAUUUUUGUUAGCAAGAUAAUAUGCCACUUGUGUUUAAGGACUGUGCAAUGAUCACUGCCUUAAUUUUGGUUAAUCUUGGCAUAUGUAUCCUCCAGGUUUUGUUUUUGUUUUGCCUUUUUUUUUCCUAUUUUUUCUUUUUCCUUCCCUUUUUCCUGAUUAGGCUAUAGUCAGCCUUUUUCAUUAAAGAAAAAAGUCACACUCCCAUCCACUCAUAAGCUUGGUACAAAAACUACUUUGGCAGUUACUUCUGAAGCUUCACUCUGCUUUCUGUAUAAAGGGCAGUCUGUGGUCACUUAGGACUUUUUUUUUUUUUUCUUCCCCAGUUAUCCAGGCAGCUUCAUGAUGUGCGGGCAGUAGCCAGGCAGGGUCAUGGGAAGGGGGCCCUGUGCUUCAAAACUGAGUGGUUGCUGGCUAGUUUGGUAUUCAAAAGAGGAUAAAAAUCUGGUAGAUUAGUUCAUUCUCAGCAUGUGUAGCUAGACAUGAGUAAAGAUAACAGCAUGAGAAACUGUUAGUACGCAUACCUCAGUUCAAACCUUUUGGGAAUGAUUAAAAUUAAAAAAAAAAAAUACAUUUCACUCAGUUGCACUUAGUCGUAUGUCUUGCAUGCUUAGUCUAAAGACUGUAGCAGAAAAGAAAAAAAAAUUAGAUUUUCCAUAUCUUUGCAGGUAUCAUAGCCUUGCAGAAGAACCAACUGAAAAAAAAAAAAAAAAAUUCUCAGGCUUUACAGCAAGCAAACUUCACUAUGAUUUUUACAGUUCUGAUUCUGUAUCCCCUAGGGGUAUUCCAGUCGCUUCUUUAGGAUGGGGUUUAUUAUGUUGUACAUAUAUCCCAAUGUGUCUGUGUGAAUCUUUGUCUUUUUUGGGGGAGGGCAGAGGGCGGUUCUUUUUUUAGAUAUUGUUCCUAAAAAGGAAUAAAUGCAUACACCUGUUUGUCAAAACACCUUUGCUUUUUGUGCAACUGCUUUAUAUUGAUACUAAAAAAAAAAAAAGCUUUGGAAAAAAAACUACUGUAUGUAAUGGGAUUGCAGAAUGCUGCACAUGUAUUUUAUUUAGUUAUCCUUGCUUUAAGAAUAUUGGGUGACAUUUCCUGACAUGUGGGAGGUACUCCCUUUUUUAUUUUUUGGCUUUCAAAUUGUAACAUAGUUGACAGAUUUUUUUUCCCCCUAUUCUCAUUGAUCAGAGCAUUUUGUACAGGUUUUUGUGGGUAUGUGCACGCACGCUUGUGUGCGUGUUAAGCUGUUUUUUGAUACAUUCCUACCCUGACUGUUGUUUAUCCUACCACCACCCUCCUGGCUAUCUUAAACAAGUUCAUACAUUUGAAAAGAGAAAAAAAAAAAUGUUGUUUAAAAAAUGUUUUCUCCUGCUGCAGUAAAUAUUUUGCAUGAUGAGAUUCCAGGGUCACACUUUUAAAGUUUAUCAGUGAAGUAGUGAUUAAUCACGGGAAGUGUCAAAGCUAUUGAACUUUUGUAUGAAAAAAAAAAAUAAGAAUACAAGGUGCCAAGAUGUGAAGGAUAAUUUGCUAGCUUUUUUUUUUUUUUUAACUCAAAAGUGUACAUGAGGGAGAGGUAGUCCGGUGUAUCAGGCAAACACACUAUGAGGAAUGAGGAUCCAGCCUGUUUAGCCCCGAGUGUGUAUGCGUAAGUGUGUCAGGCUGCUCCAUUUGGCCAACAGUGAAGUGAAACACCAAGGCUUAUGAAGAGUGACUGCCAGCCCUGCCCUCCUUGGGACAGCUGUAACGUUAUGUCCUGCCCUCUGUCAACCUAGUCAAGAACACCUUGGAUUCUUAACCUAAAAUACGAUGCAACUCACUUUUUUUUUUUCCAUGAAAAAGAAAAUUAGAAAUCUUUCCUCUUCACAUUCCAGCUGAGCUCCGUUUCCAAAGACGCACAAGGAGGAACGUGCUUUGAGGAUUUUGACUCUUUUUUGAUACCUACUGGGUAAUGGCAAACCAUCCUGAUAGGUGGGAUGUUUUAAAAGCCGAUUUUGCUUUUUGAUCCUGAGAGCCAGAUUCUGAAUUCUAAAGGUAUCCCGUGGGCCAAGUGUAGCUCACACAACCCUGCUACCAGUAAUCCUGGAUGAAAAUGGUACAGUCUGGACGGUGAGCAUGGUGCUCCGUGUAUAUGUGCUGCCAGUAACAAGGAUUUUUUUGUUUUGUUUUGAUGAGGCAUCAAAGAAACUCAUUCCUUGACAUCAACUGUAAUUCCAUCAUUCCAUGUCUGUGGUUACAGACAAUAAAAAAAAAAAUGUAUAGUCAGUACUAAUUACUGACAUUAUAGCAUUCUCAAUGCAAUAAAAUGCUGGUUGUUCACACUGGUA